CGUUAGCCAAACUCAUCAUGUCUAGAAGUUACGAUUCUCGUACUACCAUUUUCUCACCUGAAGGACGUCUGUAUCAAGUAGAAUACGCCUUAGAAGCCAUCAAUCAUGCUGGUGUUGCUUUAGGAAUUGUUGCUAAGGAUGGUAUCGUUUUAGCAGCUGAAAAGAAGGUUACGAGCAAGUUGCUCGAACAAGAGGAAUCGGCAGAAAAGCUGUAUCAUAUUGGAGACAACAUGGUUUGCGCUGUAGCUGGUCUUACUGCAGACGCCAAUAUCUUAAUUAACUAUGCUAGAAGAGUGGGUCAGCAGUAUCUACAAACAUUUAACGAAGAAAUGCCUUGUGAACAGUUGGUGCGUCGUGUUUGCGACUUAAAGCAGGGAUACACUCAAUAUGGCGGGUUGCGUCCUUUUGGUGUCUCCUUUUUGUAUGCUGGAUGGGAUCAUAUUCAUGGUUAUCAGCUAUUCCAAUCUAAUCCGUCUGGUAAUUACGGAAACUGGCAAGCAAACAGUAUCGGUGGAAACAGCACAAGCAUCCAAAGCUUAAUGCGUCAGGAAUAUAAAGAAGAUAUUAAUUUGGAAGAGGCCUGUGCAUUGGCUGUAAAGUUCUUAGGCAAGACCCUUGACAAUAACUCCCUUACAGAUGAAAAAAUUGAAUUUGCAACCAUUUCCAUGGAUGAUGAAAGAAAGCGAAUGGUCUGCAAUAUUCUUAGACCCAAGGAAAUCAACGAAGUUCUUACAAAGUAUCAGCCCGAUGCUCAAUCUCAAUCUCAGCAUGCAUGAGUUACUUCCUAUUUUAAGCCCUAUAUUUUGUAUUCGCUUAUGAUUUAGUUUAGAGAUAAGUGCAUGCCACGCCUGAUGUCCUUUCUCGUUUAUGCCUUUAGCUAAAUUCCCUUUUCAUGAAGGUUAUUAAUAACACUCCACACAUCUUUUUCUUCCGUUCUUUUCUACUUUUGGUGACUUAUGGAUAUUCUAGAUUUUAUUAGUUCUCAUUCUCACUGAAUUACUCAGAAUGGAUUUCUCAUAUCAAAAAGUAAUUUUAUACAAGGAGUAUCCGUUUUGUACUUUAUCUACAUUACCCUAUAACCAUACAAGAUUGAAUUCUCCUGAAAGAGUGGACAAUUUCGUUUGUUUGUAUUAGAAUGAUUAUCAUGAAAUCCGACUUUUUAACUAAUCAUUUCUUCAUCGAUAUUUUACUUGCACGUAGUUUUUCGCGAUCUUUAAAUACCUCACAUCACUGUAGAGUUUUACUAAACUAUAAAAAAAACUCCAUUUUGUAAUCGUUAUUAGACAUGUUCUGUUUGGCGUCUUCAUACUCCUUCAACGUCCACUUAGCAAUAUCUAAUUCACAUCGUUUUCGAGCCAGAUUUGCUUGGAUAGACUGCUUUAUUAGCUUCAAAUCAUGCGUCAAUUGAUCAUAUAAUAUCGGCAUUGCCUCUUUGCUUCCAUUAAUCUGUUUGGUCAUUUGUGCUAUUUUUGCAAGAGUCAUAUGGUAAUUUUGUCGAAGAUACUCAUAAUCCUUUAGCUCCACUUUCCCGGGAACAAUUUCUUUGGGCCUUAAACAUUCAUCAACCUGUUGAGAUGCUCGCUCUUCAUACUCUUUCUGCCGAUAAAGUUCAGCGUCCUUUGACAAUGGGGAAUUUUCUGGAUCCAAGGUAUCCUUUUUGAAUAAUUGAUCAUAAUAAUAUGUCAUAAAGCGUAUGACUUCGAUGGCACUGUUACGAUAUAAAGGCGGAGAAAGCACGCUCGCCAUCUGCUCAAUGAGCGUUUCACACUGGUCUCUAAGAGGUAAUCUAAGUAGUAACCUUUUUAUAAUUAGUUUUUCGAUUCAUCAUAUUAAAUAUGUAUGCUUACUCUGAAACGAUGUUAAGGACUACAUCCAAAAUUCGC